CAAGACGUGGUGCGUGUGCCGUUAUGCUAUAUACAAUGUCGUGUACGCGAAUGAUCGGUUGCGUGACGAUUUCUUAAAAUAGCGCGCCGUGUAAAGCCGUUUGCCAGACACCGAAACAUCGACAUGGAAAGUCGCGACGGGCGGAGUUGCGUUCUGAUCGUCGAAACGUAGUCGGCGCGGAAAAGAAGCAGCGGUCGAGAAGCGGAAGAGAAAUAAAAAGAAAAAGGAAGACAGCGGCGCCGUGAAUCUCCGAGGAACAGUUUCGGCCCGGUGAAGUUUCGCUAACUGUCCGGAAGAAGCGGAUCGCAAGGAAGCGAGCGCGGAUGAUGAAUGCGGUGAACGGAGAGCCUCCCUGUGAACCGGAUCGCUGGCUGCGCGAUCUCGAGUGAUCUCCAGUAGAGCGACGGAACGAAGGUGAAGAGUGCGAGUUCGAGAGUCACUUUCGAACUGACCGGCGAGACAAGCCGCGCGCGAUCGAUCGGCCGCUCCGAAUGUGAUCCAGCGAUCACGCAGCGUCGAUCUGGCCGGUACUCCGCGCGUCGCGAACAAUCGAGAGAGAAGAAAGAGGAGAGAUCAUCGCGCUAUGCGUCUCACGAUUCCACGGCGAUUUUCGAAUCUCAAAACCGUCCGCGCGACGAUGCGAACUGCACGCGAUCGCGCAACGGAGACUGCAACCACCGCCCUGUGAGGGGACAAGAAAAUCCCCGAAAUCCGAGCGAGGCGUGAAUUGUCAAGUUUUCCCCGAAAGCGGUUUCAGCGUUUACGUAGGGAUCUUCUUCGGGAAACCCGAAAGAGAUCUAAACUGUGCCGAGUCGAAUUCGCGCGUGGAAGAGGCGGCGCGACGGGGCGAGGAUCUCGUCCGAGCAGCGCGGACAAGGAUAGGCGAAAAGUUUCGCGGCGCGCCGCCCGUCGAAAGUUUCGCCAUAAUCAUUUCCGCGCGCGUUAUCGCCUACGUGGAGCGAUUACACCACCGCGCGAGGGAUCGCGCGCGACGCACAUAUGCACGCGCGCGCAACAACGCGACGGAUCGGGCCGCGUCUUGUGGGAAAUCUGGUGGACCGUCCGUGUUGCGAUAAUUCAUCUCCCUGAGCUCGGCGGGUCGCGUGGAUUCAAAAUCUCGGAACUAAUAACGAAUGAAUCGCCAGCUUUAGUCUUUGUUCGUGAAUGCAAUCGUGAGUACUUGGCGAAAACGGGUGAUAAGAUAUCGCCUGGCCUGUGAGAUAUUAGUGAGUGGAUGGUGAUAGUAGCAAUCGCUACCGUGGAGGAUGUGAAUCGUUUCAGUAUCGAAGUGCAAGCGUCACCCGAAACAGCCGUGGAAAAUGGCUCUGAGAUGGCAAGCGAGGCUCUCGAUUGCUGCCAUACUCUUCAUGUGCACGGAAGACACACUGAGUCUAGGAGAUCGGACGAUAGAUAACAUGGACAGACACGCGAUGCAGCCCAGACCUCGACAACAAUUGCUGGAUCAUUCUUCCGGCCAGAAGUCGAAACAGGAACCCACCUUCGACUUCUCGCAGAGCACCAACGUGACGGCUCUGAUCGGAAAAACUGCAUACCUCACGUGCCGAGUUCGCCAUCUGGGCGACAAGACUGUAUCCUGGGUGAGGCACAGGGACAUUCACAUCCUAACAGCGGGCGCGUACACGUAUACGAGUGACCAGCGAUUUCAAGCACUGCAUAGACAAAACACGGGACAAAAUAGCGAGUGGUCCGAGUGGACUCUCUGCAUAAAAUGGGCGCAAGAACGAGACCAGGGAAUCUACGAAUGUCAGAUAUCCACCAUACCCGUCAAAGCGCAUCAGUUUCACUUGAACGUUGUUGUACCUACGGCGACGAUACUGGGCGGGCCCGAGCUGUACGUCGGUGCAGGCAGCACGAUAAACCUGACGUGCGCCAUACACUUCAGCUCGGAGCCGCCAGCCUACAUCUUCUGGUACUACAAUGAGAACGUCCUGAGCUACGACAGUCCCAGGGGCGGCGUCUCGGUGAUAACCGAGAAGGGUGGCGAUGUCACCACCUCUUGGCUCCUUAUUCAAACGGCGCAACCCUCGGACUCCGGGGAGUACCGCUGCAAGCCCAGCAACGCCAAUACAGCGUCCAUCAGGGUUCAUGUCCUAAAUGGCGAGCGACCGGAAGCGAUGCAGACCGGGACCGCGGGGCCGAUACUGUCCUCGAGUUGUCUAUUGGUGUCCCUCAUCAUUUUGUACAUAUCCUCGGUGUAAACGAAAACGAAAAAGAAAAAAAAGCACACACAGCGCCAACGGCCAGAGUUCACAUCCGUCGCGGUACGUUCCUCUUGCGUCUACGCGAAUGCGCUUUCGCGUUUCCCAUCCAAUAGAUGUGAUCGUGAAACGAUUGUAAUUUGUACGAAGAAAUGUUGAAGUUGCUUAAGGCAGAGCCUGUUUAAUUGACACACAUUGUGUAUAAUUCAUGAUACUUUUAUGAGGAAAAAAAACUGCCAAUUGAGAAAAAAAAUAGUAAUUCAUUCUGGAAGCAACAGUCUUUCAGUUAUUUCAUUACGACUCUUGCGAAAGCGUCGUGAAUUACCAUUUGCAAUGUGACGGGCUACAAAGAGGGACAGCUAUCCACAUAAUAAAACUACGCGAUGCACAAGUGUUCACGAAAAUGCAGAGAUUCUACACCUGUCUAUUCCUUCUCUUUUCCGACAUCGAAAGGGACGAUGCAAUAUCGAGUUGUCGCUCAAUUAACCGGUUUCUUUCCUCUAUCAAGGAAAACACACCGCUUCUUUUACGCGCCACCGACUGUCGCUCUCGCGCCGAUGUGCAUCGGAAAUCAAACGGGAAUGUGUGUGUACUAUCGCGUCGUGCGCAUUCCGGCCGCGAUGGAAUUGGUGCGCGCUACCGGUGUGAGCGCGAUCGCGACGAGAAGUGUCUUUCGGCGGAAAGGCAUUUAGUUAAAAGCAAACGUCGACGCUAAUGCCCGGAACGUGGGCGUCUAACGGUAAAUCCGACGAGCGAACAUUCGCCUCCUUUGCCAACGAACGAGGAGGAAAGGGGUGAGAAAGGAAAGGACUGUCUCUGUCGAGGUCCGACCCCGCGAUAAUCCAGGUAAUCCGCAUCGCGAGAAACCGAUUUACGAGAAGCGUAAAGGUGCAGAGCGAUUGCCUUACAGGUAACGUUUUACGAGCGGUCGAAUCUUGGGAAUGCAAGCUACGUGAAUGGGAUUCAAUGGAAAAUAAAACGUGACCGGAGUGCCCGAUACGGCAAUUUUCCGUAUUUCAUAAAAUUGCCGCGCGCGAUAAUCGGCCGUAUUCACAUACUUGCGCCGAUGCUAUCUUACCAGUCCCGACGACGUUUUCCGCGAUAAAUUUUAUCGUAACCUAUCUAAAUUGACUCGCAUACGUUGUUCUCUCUGCGAUUAGCUUUACUGCGUUUGAAGUUCUCUGAAUUUUUAUAUGUUUCCGUUUUAACGUUAUAAAUUUUUUAAUUAUUUCCAUAAAAGGAUUUUAUUUCA